UGACCUGAAAAAAAAUGUCUGGAUUUCUAGAAGGCCUGAGAUGCUCGGAAUGCAUUGAUUGGGGGGAAAAGCGCAAUACUAUUGCUUCCAUUGCCGCUGGUGUUCUAUUUUUUACAGGCUGGUGGAUUAUCAUAGAUGCAGCUGUUAUUUAUCCCACUAUGGAAGAGUUUAACCACUCCUACCAUGCCUGUGGUGUUAUAGCAACCAUAGCCUUCCUAAUGAUUAAUGCAGUAUCGAAUGGACAAGUCCGAGGUGAUAGUUACAGUGAAGGCUGUUUGGGUCAAACAGGGGCUCGCAUUUGGCUGUUUAUUGGUUUCAUGUUGGCCUUUGGAUCUCUGAUUGCAUCUAUGUGGAUUCUCUUUGGAGGUUAUGUUGUUAAAGAAAAACCCACAGUAUAUCCUGGAAUUGCUGUAUUUUUCCAGAAUGCCUUCAUCUUUUUUGGAGGACUGGUUUUUAAAUUUGGCCGCACUGAAGACUUGUGGCAGUGAGAAUACUUCCUAUAGCACAGCAGCCCUGUGUGGGUUUUUUUACUCUUCACUCCCAAUCUUUUAUAAUGCCAUUUUCUAAACUUAUUUCUGAGUGUAGUCUCGGCUUCAAGUUGUGUAAGACUAAAAUCAUGAGAACUUCAAUUUAAACAACAAAAUAAUCUGUUGUGGUUUGCACGUGAUUAACUUACAAAAUAUUAAAGGAAAAUAUUUCAUGAGUAAUUUUUUUAAUCAAAUUUUAUCAUGGUAUAAUUUGUAAAAAUAAAAAUAAAUUACAAAAGAAAUUA